AAGCAGUGUGACCUCUGCCAUGCUAGGAAGGUCAAGUGUGAUAGACAAAUGCAAUGCUUGAAUUGCACAACUGCACAGACUCGUUGCAUACGCUCCAGAUCUCGGCGAGCUCGGCGACCUCGAGAUUCACGGAGCUCACCAGAGUCUGUAAACAGGCAGACCAAAAUACGAUUGGCCUUUCUCCCGGCUACGUCCACACAGCAGGUGAAGCAACGACGAUUAUCCGUCGAGAAUUGGACUCCAACAGUUCUCUAUCCGAUGGCCGAAGGCGUGUGCUGGAGUCUGCUUUGUCAUUGAUAGGCCACUUCAAAGACGCCUCCCAUUCUGCUGGGAAUGCGAGCUAUGAUUCAGACCCGGAGGAUGAGCAAAGUUCAGGUGACAUUUCCUCUGAGUUAUUGGUCAUGAUGCUAUAUACUACGCCGAAUUGCCCGAAUUCAUGGAGUUUGUUCUGGCCUGAUCAUAUCCCUCAGCAGAAAUUUGAGCAAAUGUGCUUGACGUUGAUGCAUGGGAAAGCAAAUGGUCAGACAGUAUGUCACUACGAGAUCUCUGUUUUUGCAAGAGCAGUCAACUAUGUCAACAGGUGGCUGCGGGUUUCAGAUUCGAGCGAACUAUCCAAAGCUUUGGAAGAGUUCAAAAGGAAGUAUACCGCUGCUGGUCUAAGAGCUCUUAGACGGUUAAAUGUUUUGAACAGUCCCAGUUUGUCACUUCUUCAGACCUUGAUCUCAGGGGCGCAGCUGCUUCAACUGCUUGGUGAUGCUUCUCAGGCCUGGACCCUUACAUCUUUUGCCUCCAGAGUGAUGGUCGCGCUGGGUUACCAUAAUCUUACUCCCCAAGCACUAAAGGAGAACGAACACUCCGUCGAAAUUCGGCACUGCUUAUAUUACUGCUACUACCUAGACAAGGCCCUGAGCAUGCUUUUAGUCCGGCCUCCGUCCUUACCUGACUUGAAUGUCGAGCCAGUCUCCUUAAUCGAGUUGAAACCUACUGAGCCCCUCAAAAUCAAAAUGGGAAUACUCCUGAAGCUGUCUCGUGUGCAAGAUGGGGUGCUGUUGCUUCUGAUUAAGGGCGACAAGUUGACCGAAGCCGAAGCCUCGGCGACUAUUCCGGUCUUAAAAUUGGAAUUGCAGGAUAUAUGGAAGGAGUCUUGUGAGGCACGCCUCCAAUCGAGUGAUGCACCUGAAUGGCGCCUCGAAUGGAAUGCCCUCGAUUUUACUUAUCAUGCUAUUGCUACUACGGUGCUUCGACUAAAUUCCACCUCUCUUCAUGAUCAUCAAAUCAGAGAGCAAUGCUUACUGCAUGCACGCAAGGCCUUGAGCGCAAUGAGUGCUUUACUCAAUCAUAUACUAGACGGACAAAGAUUGUAUAUGGAUUUCCUCUUCUGGACCAUUCUCCUCUAUCCGCUAACACCUUUCUUUAUCGUGUUUUGUAACGUCCUUGCGACAUCCAACGAGCAAGACUAUCAUACUCUAACUCAGAUAAUGACUGCCUUAUCGCGGAUCAAGGACAACAAUUCUUUCGUGUCCGGUCUCUACGGGCUACUGUCUCAGUUCAUGGAUCUAUGCGGUCAGCUCGAGGCUUUUGUAGAGCAUAAUCAUUCCGAAAAGAAUGCGCUGGAUUCUGUCCCGAAUAUUUCAGAGAGACCGCGACCAAUUCAACCACAAAAUGUGGAUUCCAUAUCGUACGGUCCUCAGUCACGAAACUUCUGGGACAUGCACAUUUUAGAUGAUGGUACAGACGGAGGGUUAUCGCUGGCAGAGGAAGAGUGCCAUGGUGGACUGGGACAAUUGCGACCCUCGAUGUGGGAUGACAACCUGAUGUGGGAAUUGUUUAACACUCAGCCCUCAAUCGAGUGGUUUGACAUGACACAGGGGUCGUUAUAG